AUGAGACUCCGCGGCAUGUACUACGAAUGCGAUCCGACAAAUUUCCAAGGAACAGCAGCUCAAAAGGCUCUCGUACUCGGUGGAGAAGCGGCAAUGUGGGGCGAAUUCGUAGACGCUACCAAUCUGAUUCCUAGACUUUGGCCCAGAGCAUCAGCGGUAGCAGAACGGUUGUGGUCCGAUCCGUCGGUGACGCAGUCGGCUGACGCGGCAUGGCCUCGACUUCACGAGUUCAGAUGCCGAAUGAUGAACCGUGGAUUCCCCGUGGAACCACCCAAUAAUCCGGAUUACUGUCCAUUCGAGUGGAAUCCGAAUUACAAUGAAAUCUAA